GUUCCCUCAGACUGCAUGAGAGCGCACUGCACGAAUUCAUUUGGUCUACACAAGAAGUGAUGGAGCCGCGCGCUUCACGUGCGCAGUGCGUGUCACCGCACUUUUUCGGGCAGCAAGUGCGUUAUGGACGUGUCAAUUUCGCGCGCGAGAGAGGAGGAAGGUGACUGCGCGUGAGUGAACACCGCGAAGUGAAUGCCGCAUCUGUUUCUGGCUGUGCCAGCCGCCAAGUGGGAAUGGAUACCGGCUACUUCCUGGCGGGGACCUGCUUGGUGCUGCUGUCGCUCAACGGGUUCGUCUUUCCCUCGCAGGCGACGGGCUUUUGUCCCGACCGAUGUGACUGUCAGAACCCGCAGCACCUCAUGUGCACCAAUCGAGGCUUGCGCUCUCUGCCGCAACCCGUUGCGCGGGAGCCCGGAGAGGUGCUCAUCUUCAGCCUAGGUGGUAACUUCAUUGGUAACAUCUCCGCCUUUGACUUCAGACGGUACAGUAAUCUCGUACGGUUGAAUUUGCAAUACAAUCAGAUACAAACUAUUCACCCCAAAGCAUUUGAGAAACUCAACAAGUUGGAGGAGCUGUACUUGGGACAUAAUGGGUUAUUGAAUAUACCCGCUGGUGCUCUACAACCCCUAAAGAAAUUAACUAUUCUUUGUGGAAAUAAUAACAAUAUUAGGAAAAUCACACCGGAGCUCUUUACUAAUUUGGAUAAACUUGUUAAAUUGCGGCUGGAUGACAACUCAAUAGACGUUCUGCCGGACUUUGUGUUUAAAAGUUUGACCAGCCUACAUUAUCUCCAUCUGGAAUCCAACAAAGUGCAGCAUAUUCACAGAAACGCGUUCUCUGACCUCUCCAACCUGCGCUUUCUAAACCUGGCCCAGAACAAGCUGUCAGCCGUGCGCAAUGCAGUCACCUUCUCCCAACUCACAGCGCUGACCACUCUGCUGCUGUCUGAAAAUGAGAUCCAGCACGUUGGGAACCGCGCCUUCCAAAACCUGAAAAAGCUGUCAAAACUGUCCCUCAGCGACAACAGAAUCUCUCGGCUGGACAGCGGGGCUCUGAAGGGGCUGUGGAGGCUCAGAGAGCUUCAGAUCGACGGCAACGAGCUGGAGGAAAUCCCCGCCGGGGUCCUGAACUCUCUGGAGCGCAUCGAGGAGCUGGACUUCAGCCGCAACCGGAUUUCCAGCGUGGACUCCUCUGCCUUUUCCCAACUCAAACACCUGAGGGUACUCAAGCUGAAGAACAACGCGCUCACCAGCCUGUCCGGGGACAUUUUCGCCCUCAACAACUUGCUUGGCGACCUGGAUCUCCAUGGCAACAAGUGGACGUGCGACUGUCGACUGGAGGAGCCGAAAAGGUGGAUGACUGCUGCGCAUUCCCAGGGCGAAUUGUUGAGUGUUUUGGUGCAGUGUCACCGCCCGGCAUCACUGAAGGGGAAAUAUCUGGACUAUGUGAACAGCUCCCAGCUGCAGCCUCUCGGGAACUGGACCCACUUGUGCAGGAGCCAGGUUGAGCCCGAGGAGAGCCGGGGAGGGCACGCGUUGGUAAAGGUGGAGGAAAAAGAGGUCAGGAUGGUGGAUACAAUGAAGCAGAUGGGCGGAGGUGAAGAAGUGCAGGCGGAGGAGACGGAAGGCGUUGGUUUGAGGCAGGCGUAUAGGGAUGGAGUCAUCAGGAAGGAAGAGCGGGAGGAGAGGAAGAAGGCAGGAGCGGAGGAGGUGGGAAUCCAAGGAGACCAAAGGGUUCUUGCGGGGGCAGAGUCCUCAUCUACACAUGAAAGAAAGAAACCAAAGAAAGAGCCGCUCGGCCCAAGGUCACGACCUGCUGCAGAGGCUGCUGGUAGACGAGCCAAAGGUAGACGCAGGUCAAAUGGCGGCCCCAGAACCGAUCCAACAGGUCACGCCGGAAACCAUGUCAGGAACUCCACAAAUCCAAACGCAUGGCCCACCACCACUCCACCGGUCCGCCCAGGAGAAAAGUUUGAUCUUCUGAGGUCGUCGGAUCAGGAAGAGGCUCCGCCUGUGAUCACAGAUCCUUGUCUGUUCAACCGCCACAUCAUCACCAAUGUUUCAGUGGCUCAAGUGACAUCCAGUACUGUCACCAUCUACUGGACCACCAAAGACCACCGGCGCUACGCGCCAGGACUCGGACAGGGCCAAGAUAAAGUCCAGUACCGGAUUCUGUUCGACCGCUUUGGCCACGCGGAUCGCUUCCCCCGCUACGUGUACGCCGUUGGCACGGCUCGCGCCGUGACCCUCCGAGAACUCAGCGCUGACGUGACCUACAUGGUGUGCGUGGAAGGCGUAGUCGGGGGCUCCGUGUGUCAAGUUGCUCCCCGUGACCACUGUGCCGGUCUGGUGACUCUACCCGAGGUGCCCGGGCGUGGAGGCACGCUGACCUCCGACCUCCAGCUGGUGACGGUGGCCACACUGGCCGGGAACGCCGCGCUGCUGCUGGUCAUUGGCGGCUUCUGGCUGGGGCGCCGCCUGAAGCGGAGGCUGCAGAGGAGGAAGUCGGCCGUGCACGUGCGGCGCAUGUACUCCACGCGGAGGCCGUUUCGCCCGGGCGCGGCGGCGGCGGCGGCCCCUCUGUCCGCCGACUUCACCAGCUACCAGAGCAGCUACCAGAGCAGCCGUCAGGCGCGCCUCCCCCCCCUAGAGGAAGGGGACCUCAUCGAGUUCCCUUGUGAGCGCUUUAUGGACGGAAGCAUGCAGAGAUUCUCUGACUAGAGCGGAGACACUUCUCCCAUUUUUGCUUUGCCUGCAGUCUUAUCCCCUCUUCACAUAUAUGUCAUGGGUGUUUAUGGACGAGGCAACAGUUUCACCUGUUAGUGUCUCGGGUUCCAAUUCGACCAAGAGAAACGCUUUUGGGCUGACAAUAGAAAAGCUGAGCUCAUCAGUACCUUUUCCAACACGGGGAGGAAGUCGAAUCCCUCUGACUUCCUCUUCCUGCUUUUGGGCCUUUCCUGUUUCAUUUCCUUGCACCUGCGAGUGUUCUUAUUUGUGCAACUUGAUCAUUUGGUGUGUGCGCAUACGCAUGAAUGGUUGCUCACUGAUUUCAACUACGGUGCUAAUGUUGAGUUCGUAGACAUCACGUUGUCUUGUUGUGUUUUGUACAGUGUGUAAUGAUGGCUGCUGGUUGGCAGGGAAAACGAUUGGUUUUGUAAUACAUCUAUCUGGUUUUAUACUUUUAUAUAUGAUUCUGCAUUACAUGAAGAAGUAAAAUCCCAUACAAUGUGAUUGAUUGGUCGUUUCUUUUUUUUGCAUGAUUUACCCUUCAUAAAAGAUGACUUUGAAAUAUCUACCAUGUAAACCUCUGAUUAUUUAAAGAACAAAGGGAUAAUAGGUCUAGAGGGAUUCAUGAGUAGUUUUUUGUACAUUCAUAUAUUUACAGGCAAGACAUAAUCAUUUUUAUUAUAUAGUUUAGAAAUAAUAUCAUAAUUUGGCAUCUCGGGGAUACUAUAAAUGUUUUGGAUAUUGUUUUUAAAAGUCCAAAUGGAACACUGGUAACC